CAUGAAAGACCACAGGAUUCCAUCGUUCCGAACGCGCAACCAACUCUGAAAUAGAAAGUGUGAUCUUUCAACAGGUAUACCAAUCCAUUGACAUACUUCCACUCGUAGAAAAUCGAGUUUACUSAGUACAUGCGUGUAUCAUCCCGAUUUCUACGAGGCAAUCAACCCGAUCACAUCGAACAGCACGUAACAUACAAUCACCCGCUCAUCAGUUGGUCUGGUUUAUUCAGAUUCCAUUUUAGAUAUUCAUUGCACGACACUAGAGAAGAAAACGGAACGGGACCGCGAGAUCAUUAAAAAGCUGUAACCCAAUUGUAGACAAAUCAAAUCCCAAAGACUACCAUUACUGCUUGGAUCCCCUUAACGCAGAAAACUAUCCGUUUGUGCUUUGAGUCACGACGAUUUACAGCCACAACUUCAAAGUUUCACAUUUAAGCAACAAGGCGGGAGGGAAUAAGAGAGAAGAAUAGUGAGUAGAACCUAGUACCUGUCAUAUCCACCCCCGCCACCACGUCCACCGCCGUAUCCAUCGUCAUAACCUGUUUCAAGUUGGUGCGGGAAAAGGACGUAGAGGUUAGAUAAAGCAAGCAAAAUGGCAUGUGAUGUUUCUUGUCAAUGGAAGUCAAUCGUUACACUGGGCUCACCUCCUCCUCCUCCUCCUCCUCCUCCGUAGCCACCACCACCACGGUAUCCGCUGACAUUUUAGUCGACAAAUGGGAAAUAAUGAUAAGAUUAGAACGCAACAAACGACUUCAACAACAAUUGCAUCAUGGCCAUUCAAAGUUCUUACCCACCACCGCCACGGUCGUCGUACCUAGUGUGAAUUUCGAAGUAAAACGAUUGACGAAUGGACGGAAGAUGUGAGAUAAUGCAGUUCUUGGCUUCGUGGUCUCCUAUAUUUCAAGUCACGCCAUAUUCUUACCCUCCGCGGUGACCACCACGAUCACCAUAUCUAAAUUUGAAGAGGAUGAAAAUUGAUGAAGAAUUAGUUCAUGCAAGAACAUGAUGGUAAUUUCAUUACAAUAAACAUUGUUGAUGCAAUCAAAAAAAGGAUUGAGUUUCGGACUGGUCUUACUUACCCUCCAUCGCCUCGGUCAUCGUAACGGCCGCCUCCGCCACCAUAUCCACCGCGGUCAUCGUAGCUACGAGGAUAAAUCAAGCAAAUGCAAACAUAGUAACGAGAUGAGAAAUCAUGACAUCGAAAAAUAAAUCUAUUCGAAGAACUGAAUCGUCGUAACUGAUGAUAGCUGAAUCAUUGAUAGAAUAUCACGAACCUUCCACGUCCACCGCCGUAUCCACCUCCRUAACCACCGCCGUAUCUAUGACGACCAAAGGCGAAUACACACAAACAAGCUUGAUCAGAAAUUGACAACAUAACAGCAUCGAUGCGAACUAUACAUAUGAAUGUCACGUGGACUUACCCACCGCCGCCUCCGUCGUGGUUGUAGCCACCGCCACCACCACCACGGUAGCCACCGCCGCCACCACCUCCUCCGCGAGGUUGUGCUUCGUUUACUCGAAGAGUUCUUCCAUCGACUUCUUGUCCAUUCACUUUGUUGCAAGCAACUUCCGCCUCAGCAGCGGGCAUUGUGACGAAAGCAAAUCCUCGAACUCUUUUAGAGUCACGAUCCAUAGGCAUGAAACAAUCAGUGACCGUUCCGAACUCUUCGAAGAUGCGUCGAAUUUCCGACUCGGGUGUAUCGAAGGAGAGGUUUCCGACGUAAAGCUUKACUUCAUCUUUCCCGGMGGAGUUGAAUGUUCCCGAGCCACCAGGUCCAGAUGCUCCACGUUCUCCUUUGGGUCUUGAUUCAUUCACACGAAUGGUUCUACCAUCCAAUUGAGCUUGAUCCAUCUUCGAGAUAGCCUUCUCAGCAGCGUCGCGAGUUGAAAGUGUCACAAAGCCGAAGCCACGAGGACGUCUAGUGUCACGCUCGACUGGCAAAAAGACAUCAGUUACAGUUCCAAACUGAGAAAACUCAUCACGAAGACGCUGUUCGUCCGUUGCUGAAAAAAAGAGGAAACCAUUWUAAGUGAGAGGCUAGAAAUUCAAUCAGCCUAGACGCAUGAAAUUCUUGUAAAGUGACGCACCAUAAUCGAGAUUUCCAACGUAAAGUUUCACUUCAUCUCCACCACCGGCGCCAGCGGCAUCGCCACUAUUGUUAGCUGGUGCACUGCCUCCAUCGCCACCUUCAUCUUGCGAAGCAGCUGGAGCUUUAUCAUCGCCACCAGCAGGAGGGUAAUCUUGGUCCUUAUCGGCAGGGGCAUCACUGCGUUCGGGAGAGCGAGAACGUUCACGAUCACUCAUAGUUACUUCGAAUAGGUUAGUUAUCAACUU